AUGGAUGGAUGGAUGGAGGAAAGGAGAUUGUCUGUCCUCACACCGCUACCGGACCUCCCUACUGGGAGAUUGUCCGUCCUCACACCGCUACCGGACCUCUCCCCUACAGAACAUUGUCCGUCCUCACACCCCUACCGGACCUCUCUCCCUACAGGAGAUUGUCCGUCCUCACACCGCUACCGGACCUCUCCCCUACAGGACAUUGUCCGUCCUCACACCGCUACCCGACUGACCUCUCCCUUACAGGACAUUGUCCGUCCUCACACCGCUACCCGACCUCUCCCUACAGGAGAUUGUCCGUCCUCACACCGCUACCGGACCUCUCCCCUACAGGAGAUUGUCCGUCCUCACACCGCUACCGGACCUCUCCCCUAUAGGACAUUGUCCGUCCUCCCACCGCUACCGGACCUCUCCCCUACAGGAGAUUGUCCGUCCUCACACCGCUACCGGACCUCUCCCCUACAGGACAUUGUCCGUCCUCACACCGCUACCGGACCUCUCCCCUACAGGAGAUUGUCCGUCCUCACACCUCUACCGGACCUCUCCCCUACAGAACAUUGUCCGUCCUCACACCGCUACCGGACCUCUCCCCUACAGGAGAUUGUCCGUCCUCACACCGCUACCGGACCUCUCCCCUACAGGAGAUUGUCCGUCCUCACACCGCUACCGGACCUCUCCCCUACAGGACAUUGUCUGUCCUCACACCGCUACCGGACCUCUCCCCUACAGAACAUUGUCCGUCCUCACACCGCUACCCGACCUCUCCCCUACAGGACAUUGUCUGUCCUCACACCGCUACCGGACCUCUCCCCUACAGGAGAUUGUCCGUCCUCACACCGCUACCGGACCUCUCCCCUACAGGAGAUUGUCUGUCCUCACACCGCUACCGGACCUCUCCCCUACAGAACAUUGUCCGUCCUCACACCGCUACCCGACCUCUCCCCUACAGGACAUUGUCCGUCCUCACACCGCUACCGGACCUCUCCCCUACAGGAGAUUGUCCGUCCUCACACCGCUAAUGGACCUCUCCCCUACAGGACAUUAUCCGUCCUCACACCGCUACCGGACCUCUCCCCUACAAAACAUUGUUCGUCCUCACACCGCUACCGGACCUCUCCUCUAUAG